AUGUCAGCCACGACAGGUUCCGGUCUCGUGCUUCCUCCGGGAUAUUCACCUCCGUUCUACGAAGUCACCGACACAGACCAUACCGCAUGGAUUAUAAUUGCCACGGCCCUGUGCUUGUGCUGGCUCUUGCUUUUCGCGGCCAUCAGAGUAUUCAUCCGGUGUACGAUCACGCCGGGAUGUGGUCUGGAUGAUGUGUCCGUCGGUAUUGCAACAAUUCUGGCUGUCAUCCAGUCGUCGAUAAUGCUAGGAGCCUGUUCCGACGGACUCGGGAGAUCUGUCGAACUCAUCCCCCCUGCGAUGCUGGAGAAAGUCCAAAAGUCAUAUUAUGCCGGCAAUAUCUUCUUCACACUGGCUCUCGGCCUGUCCAAGAUGUCUGUCGUCUUCUUCCUCAACCGGUUGACGGUGGUCAGAACACAAAAGCUGGUCUUCCACGGCUUGACGGCCUUUAUAGCGGCAUGGACCGUGGGAUCGACAUUCGCCGUUGCGCUCCAGUGCGAUCUCCACCAUCCAUGGCUCAUUGUCGACGAACAAUGCCCCGGAGCCUUCCUGCGGUGGAAAAUCAUCGGCGCCUUCGACAUCAUUUCCGAGCUGGCCAUCGUCCUCAUGGCCAUCUACCUCGUCUGGGGGCUGUUCACCACCUUUUCAAAGAAAGCCAUUGUCGUGAGCGCAUUUGCGUUCCGUCUGGGCAACGUCAUCGCCAUCGCCUUCCGGCUCGCGAACUUUGACAAACCCGAGCGCGUCUCGAACCCCACGCUCGCCGAGACCAUCUUCGUCGUCUGGACGCAGACGGAGCUCUGCUACUCCCUCAUCUCGGCCACGAUCCCGAGUCUCCGACCGUUCGUGACCAACCUCAACACGCAGUUUGGCGGCAUGGGCGCCGCGGACAGUCAAAACGGGUAUGGGUACGGUGGUGGUGGCGGGGGUGGGGGCAACGGGUACGGCGCCACCAAAAACACAUUCAAGCUGUCCAAGUUGCGAUCCGCGAACCGGUCGGCGACCACGAGCGCGAACAGAGGCGACACGUACACGGACUUCACGACCCGACAGGCUCCCGCGUCGGGCCUGGACGGACGAUCCGACCUCUACAGCUACGGCGUGUGGACUGCGCCGACGACGGGCAUCGACGGCGGUAGUAGCAGCAAGGUCGGGAAGAGGAACAUCUCGGCGCUGGCCGAUGAGAACCCAAAGGCCGAUGCCACCAGCGUGGGCAGCAACGAUAGCCAGAGGAUGAUUAUCAGGAAGGACGUGACGUAUGAGGUGCACGGCGUAUGA